CAUGGCUGACUUCAUGCUGCGCCCGAAGACGUAUGUGCUCGGCGACGACCCGCAGCGCACACAUCGCAUCAAUGCAAACUCAUUCCAGCAGAGCGCGCUACUGACAGUGAACGGCUGGCAGUACGCUGCCUUCUAUCAGAGCAAGGAGGCUGCCGACAGCAGCGUCUGUCUCGUGACACUCUCGCGUCGCAAACUUCGCGACAACCCCAACGAACCGGAAAAGGGCUGGGAACACCUCGUAUUCGAAGAUUAUGAGCAGGCCGUCGACGAUGGACACAACACCAUCUCCAUCGGUGUCGCGCGAGGAGAUGGCACGCUCCAUGUGUCGUUUGACCAUCACUGCGACCCGCUGAGAUACCGCUCAUCUGCUUAUGGUGUUGCAACCAAUCCAGAAAAGCAUGCCUGGCAACCUUCUCUUUUCACAGAAACCCUCAACUCGCUCCCGGGCCUCAGCCCAUCGCAGCUAACAGAAGGCGUGACUUACCCUAGGUUCGUAAGCAUGGACGACGAUAUGCUUUUCACGUACCGUGUUGGACAGGCCGGCUCAGGAUCGGACGUGUUGUACCACUACUCCUCGACCAGCCACGUAUACACAUUCUUGGGUACACAUCUUACCGGCGAAGGGAACUCUCCAUACAUCAAUGGAUUGGAUUACCGCAACGGCAAGCUUCAUGUCUCCUGGACCUACCGCAAAUUUGUCGAAUUCGAGGGCGCCAAUGAUCCGAACUCCACUGUCCACAAGGCCCAGGCGGGACCCAAUGGCCCAGAAAACAACUACAGCCUGUGCUACAUGUACAGCACCGAUAAGGGACAGAGUUGGAAUACUUCGGAUGGAAAGGAUAUAGCGAAUAUGAGCAGUGAGCUCAACGAAAAGAAGACGGUGCGACCGAGCACGGAAGGAAUCACGGUUUUCGACAUACCGAUCAACAGCGGAAUCCUGAAUCAGGAGUCUCAAUCUGCUGAUGGGCUAGGUGGCUUCCAUGUGCUCAAUCGAGAGAAGUGGAAUGGUGUCGAGACCUGGACCGUAUAUUCCCGGAGUCCGUCUGGAGCAUGGAUGCACACACCAAUCCAAGGCUUCAAGCCGACAGAAACCGGAUCCAGAGGAAGCGUUUGCACCACCGAAAAGGGCAAUAUCUGGGCGGUUCUCCCAGGGAACACGGACUCCUCUCUUUCGCUCGUCAGGUCGUUGGAAUCGGAGGACUACAUGAUGUUCGAGACGAUGUGGAAGGGCGACGGCUUUGAUGGAGAGCCUUUGCUUGACCAAAUGAGGCUGGAAGAGGAAGGCAUUCUCUCCGUCUUCACGAGGACGGACAAGGAUGAAGCGGGGCGCCGCAAGGUUGUCGUCAUCGACUUUGACCUUAAGGGUCUGUGAUGAACUUGGUUACAUGGCGAAACAAGAGUAACGGCUUUCUUUUGCAGGUACGCGACAGCUAACUAGUUAGAUAUGCGUUCAAAUUAGUCUGAGUUCACAUA